AUGUUCAAGAUAACGGGAACAAGAAGAACAGACAAAAGUUUCCUUGACGAGAUCCAGGGGAUUCCGGGGAAAAGCGGAGUGGAUGAGGUUAUAGGCAGACUCCGAAAGCUUAAGAUAUUUUCUGCAGUUGCCAAGACUUGCGACGGACUGUCUGUGACCGAAGAGAAGAGAAGCAUUAGCUUCAGCGGGGACACGACAGGGAAAGUCCCGAAGGGAUAUCUCAAGAUGAAACUUCCGAAUCUCUUUGGAAGGGCAGAGAACCUCGAGGUGUCUGUGUCAACCUCCAAGGACAUGAGCUUCCAGUUCUCUAAACCUGUUCUGGCUAAGUCUCUGAGUUUUCUUAGGAUAUUUGGGUCUAGAGACACAAUGAAGUCUCCUCAUGAAGAGUAUCCUCAUACCCGUGCCUCUCUAGAGGUUGAAAGGGAAACACAAAGGAUAUGUGUCGGGAGAGAACGGAUUGGAUAUCUAGACCAGGCAUUCAUAGAACUCAGGAAGAAGCUUGGGGCAAUCGACAUCAAAAGCAAGAUAGGAAUAUUUGACUCACGGCCGUGUAGACUAUUUUUGAAGACACAGGCAGAAAUGAUUCUGAGAAAAGCUUUUCCAAGGAACCUGUUCACAGACAUACAUCUUUCGACAGGAACAAUACUUGGAGAGCCACACAUUGCAGAGAGGUAUUACCUUGGAGAGAAUAUCCGGGGAUAUAGAGGAAUGAGCAUAUCUCCAAGCAACUCUGGACUGAAGAUUGGAGGAAACUCCUUCUUUGAAGUAUCGCAUCGGAUGGGGGUGUCCAGAUGGGAUGCAAAAGGAUUUUUCUUCUGGUCGUUAGGCUAUGUGUCUGAAGAUAGAAACAUAACGAGGAGCUUCAAGUCAAUCAUGGAGUCCCACUCUUACAAGGAUAGCGAGUGUCUUGGAGCAUCUGUUGGGCUGGGAGCAAGUGUUCCUGUCAUGAAGGCAAAGGACGGGCCGGUGGUAGGCAUAAGCUUUGCCAUUCCGCUUACCAAUAACAAACAGAUCCAGAGGCUGCAGUUUGGGUUUGAUAUGGACUUUUAG